AUCGGCGUCUUCGUUCCUGCAUGAACCUCCAGCCUCGGUGUCGUGAACAUCACAGGUUCCUGGUUUUGCACCUAAAUGGACUCACCGACGCCGAGCCGAGGGUAGAGGCAGGUCACGCGUGACAGGUGAAGGAGCUCUCAUCCACCAUGGGGAACAGAUCAUCAAAGGGUGUGAGCGUGGAGGAGCCUCCUAAAACUACUUUGUUUGAGAGAGAAUCCGAUGGGAUCACAUACAGGAUCCCAGCUCUCCUCUACCUGAGGCACUGCCACACAUUCCUCGCCUUUGCAGAGAAAAGGACCUCCUUUCAAGAUCACAACGCUAAACUUUUGGUUAUGAGAAGAGGAUUGCUCCAGGAGGAUGGAUCUGUUCAGUGGUCCUCCAGUCAGGAGCUUUCUACGGCGAGCCUGCCGAACCACCGCACCAUGAAUCCCUGCCCAGUGUAUGAGAAAAACAGCAAGACGCUCUUCCUGUUUUUCGUCUGCAUCUGGGGAAACACUACAGAGAUGAAGCAGAUUGUGACAGGUAAGAAUAAAGCCCGCCUUUGCUGUGUGAGCAGCAGCGAUGACGGGCAAACCUGGAGCCAAGCCAGGGACCUGACGGAGAGCGUGAUCGGGGAAACCAUACACAAAUGGGCCACCUUCGCCGUGGGGCCGGGCCACGGCGUUCAGAUGGAGAACGGCAGGUUGAUCAUUCCUGCUUAUGCCUACUACGUCCCCUACCGAUGCUGCUCCUACCCCAUUCCUUUUACUGUGUACCCCCGCGCGCUGUCCAUAUACAGCGAGGACUUUGGACAGACGUGGCGUAUCGGCAAAAUGCUGCAGAAGAAGUCGUGUGAGUGUGAAAUGGCAGAGAUUAUCGACCACGAGGGGAGGAGCCACCUUUACUGCAACGCCCGGCACACUGGAGGCCACAGAUGCGAAGCCCUGAGUGAAAACAGCGGCGUCUACUUCGAUAAGCCCCACAUGGCCAGGGAGCUGGUCGAGCAGCCCUCGGGGUGUCAAGGCAGCGUCAUCGGCUUCCCGGCGCCCGAGUUUGUCCCCAACGACGACACAGAGAGCAAAGCCUGCGGCACCUCCCUCCUUUCACCAGACACUCAAACGUGGCUCCUGUUCAUGCACCCCACCAACAAGUCCGACCGGCGGGACAUGGGCGUAUACUUGAACCGAUCGCCCCUGCACUCGUCGGGCUGGGACCGACCCAGGAUCAUCCACAGGGGGCCGAGCGGUUACUCGGACCUGGCCUACAACGUGGACAAGGAUCAGUUCUCCUGCCUGAUGGAGUGCGGGAAGGAAAGCGAACUGGAGCAAAUCGCAUUCCUCACCUUUUCUCUCAAUGAUGUCAUGCAGACGGGCGAUAAGAAAGAUAAAAAGAGUGUCUGAAUUCUGAUAAAUCUCUCCUUAUGUUAUCUCAAAACCAGAGAAAAAAAAAUAUUCAAGCAAAACACUUUCAAUGUGGUGUGUGGUUACAUUCAUCUGUGUUUACUACUUGUUUUACAUUAUGGAGAUAGUGAUGCAUGCACCAGUCAUGAGUUUUCUCGUCUCCUUCAGUAAAGUAAGUCUUAUCCUAAUUAUGCAAAAGCAUAUAUUAGAAAGAGUUUAUUUUUAAUAGGUAAUGUGGUUGAUUUGAAGCAUGCGGUGUAAAAGUGUUCUAUAUUUUUAUUUAAGCAAAUAUUGUGUGGCAUGUUUGAGCGCUUCAAAGCCAUUUCAGCAUCUUACUGAAGUGUCACUUCUCACCAGAGUUAGCCUACCUCUUUAUUUUCUUAUGAUCAUAGGGGGCCUUGCAGACUAGUCUGCAGAUUUCUCUCCAUGCAGUCCUCUCCUUUACAUUUAGUAUACUCUAAUUCACAUAUGCCUUCUACCGUGUCGUUUUUCUACGGAAGCUUUGCAGCAGCGUUGUCGGCGCGUCGGCUGUGAAGGUCACAGUGAAUGCCAUAAAGCUGUCAAUAAAGCAGGGGCGAGGUAAGCAUGCAGCUCAUUAUUGAAGAGACCAGAUAUACUGAUCCGCAUCUGCAAUUUUUUUUAUUUAUUAUUAUUUCUUGUUAUGCUAACUCAUGCAAAUGAAAUGAAGUAGUCUGUACAUGGAAAGAUGUGUGCAUACGUGCUGCUGUAAGUUUGCCUGUAAGUACAAAGGAGCUAUGAGACUUUUAAAGGCAUAUGUAUUUAUCUUUUCCUUCUUUUUAAAGAAGGUUUUCUUUUUAAAUGUUUUCAGGCUUCUUGCUCACAAUAGUUUUUGUAUUUACUUGAUUAAAUUAUAUUCCUUUAAGAUCCAACUAAAUUUUCCUUGGGUAUAAGUAUAGGUUACCCUUAAAAGUCACGUAACAUUCAUACUUACAUCCACAAAGAUGAUCCAAAUUCUAAGAUCAAUUAAAUAAUAAUAAAUGCUAUAAAAACAAUAAAAUAAAGUUAAAAUGUUAUAGAUCAUAAACUUUUCCCCUUCAAUCACAGUUUUUAUUUGGCGGUUUAGAGCUUUGAUGGAGAGCAGAAAAAAUACAUUUCGAUUUAAUCUACAUGCAGGAGCUCGCAGGAAUCUGCUGGAAGCAAAUGACAAAAAUCUUAAAAAAAUCAACAAAACAAACAACAACAAAAAUAUAAAGGAAGAGAGACAGUGGCAGCUGAAAUUCCCUGAAGAGUCACGACUUUAUGUUUGGAACGCUUUAAAUCACAAUGUCUACCGCCUUAAGUUUGAUUUCAUAAAAGGAAGAAAUAGAUGCCAAUUAGCCCAAAGUGCGAUAUGUUGUUGUUUGAGGGUGGUAGCUUGGAGACAUGUAGUAAAGGAUCACUGCUGUCAGCAGUUGGUUUCCAUACAACCAUCUUCUGUCCCUAAAGAAAUCUCUUCAUGUCCGUGUUACACACGGGAAAUUAGAAUAGUGAUGAAUGUUGAUUUGGCUAGGACAUUGAAAAAAAAUGCAGCUAAAGCCAAUUAUUGUGGAUAAAAAUGCAGGAGGUUUGGUUUUUGAUUUAUUGUGAUCUGUAGACGUUUGCACUGACAGAGGACGUGUGAAAAAUUAGAAUUACUUUGGAAGAAAUCACUUUUUUUACAUGAGAAACUUCUCUUAAAGGACAGCUGCAGUCUAAUGUUUCUAUAUAUAUCUUUGAUCCAUGGUAUUUCUGGUUUGCCAAUAAGUGAUCACACAUCCAACAUGAACGGCUUAAAUGUUUUGUGUUCUUAAGAGAACAUUCCUAUGCAGAACAUCAGACACUGUGGAUGCGGAUGGAACGCCUUCAUCCAUACAUGGCUUUACUUCCUGUUGUUCUGAGAGUGACAUGGCAACUCAGGAUUUGUAGAUUUCAUAAUGAUCUUUUAAAUGUACUUCUCUGCUUGGAGAGAUAGUUGCAAAAGCCAAUCAUGACUUAUUUAUACAGUAUCUGACACUUCCAGGGUUGUAGGCGGUAUGGCUUUUAGAAAAUGAUGAUAUUUUGCCCUUUAAGCUUUUGAAACUCCUGAAUUUUACAGGGAGGCAGCGAAGAAGAGAUGAAACACGGAGAAACAGUUUAAUUUCGUUUUGCUGAUUUUUGCAUUUAGAUAAAAAAAAUCUAGUAAUUAAUCCUUAAAUAAGGAAACGAUAAAUAAUAUUUUUUAAUAAUAUCAAAAUAAUGUUUUCUUAGGUGUAUUUUUUUUCUGUUUUACACUAAAAAAUAAGUUAGCUAAAGAUGUAUAUAGAAAAAGGCUUAGUUUCACUAAAGGUGGAUUAGUAGUAGAAUUAUGCAAAGUGUGAAAUAUCUAAUGGCUUCCUUGUUCUAUCUGCGGUUCACUUUAGGUCAUUCAUAGAGCGCCACUUUUAUCUCAGAUAUUAUCUCAAGGCACUUUAAAAAACAAAAAAAGUCAAAUAAAAAUCUAAGAAUAUAUGUGUAAUCUGAUCAAGGCAAUAUAAUCCAAUUUUAUACACAGAUUGUUAUUUUCAGUUGUCUGAGUUCCCUGUUAGAAAAUCCAACAAGAAUCCCUUAAAGUCAGAAUUCUGAUGUGGAAGGUGGAGAUUUAAUCAUCUAAUAUUGCAGUUUUGUUUGUAAUGAGUAGGUUCUAUGCACAAUAUCUAUGUUGGCAUAGAAGUUUAGACUCUGGAUGCACAUAAUGUGGAGAAAUAAGGCCUUGCUGUCUUGUUUUAAAUGCGAUCCCCAGAAGACAAAUCUUGCUGGUUUCACCUCCAAUGUCUGACUUCCAAAGGCCUGAAAAAAAAAUACAAUAAAAUAUUUCUAAAUUGGAAACCCGAAACCUUUAUUUUUAGAAAAUAAAACUUUUUUCCCCCUACAAAAUCAAAGUUGCAAAACUUAUUUGAAACAAAAAACCCUUUAUAUAAAUUUAACUUUAGUAUUUUUCUUCUAUUUGAACUUUACCUAUUUAAGUUUGAUCAAAGACGAGCAAUAAGUAAAACGUGUAAAAUAACAGCAGCUGUGACAAACAUGGCUGAACAGGGACCCAUUUAUCUUGUGCAAUGAGGAGAGGUAAAGAAAAAGGAAUAAAGUCAUUCUCUUUAAUCCCCAUUUAAUUUAAGCCUUAUAACACAUCUAUAAAGCGAGAACUAAGUGUGCAAAGGCUGAUCUGUCAUAGAGUUCGAGUGUCGGCCUCCUUACAUUACAGCCUCUUCCAGGUCACCACCUGUUACUAGAACAUUUCUCCAGGGAUGUUUUCAUAUAUGUUGGUUUUAUUAGCUUACCUUGACAAUCUGGCAGUUGUUAGUAAAAUAAUUUCAAUAAAGAUCUAAGGCUCUGAGGCUUAUGAUGAGCAGUUAAAGUUGCAUUUCUAA